AAAUGGCUAACGCAUCUUAUGUAAAUGAGUUCUCCGAUUAUUAUAAAAGCCAAUAUGAAACAAUAUGUAUGAUAUAAAGCCAUUCAGUUUGCCCCUAAGCUUUACAUAGAUUCUUGACCCCCCACGUGACGUCAUUUGAUUUAUUAUGAACUGAGUCGGAAUGUACGAUAUCGAAACUAGGUAUGAAGUGAGGUAAGUCGGAACUGCAGGAUUCUUAAUAUAUUUUUAAUUAAAUAUUUUCAUCAAGUUAUUUGCGCAUGGUGAAGCCAAAUCUAUUGGUAGUCAUUGACGGGAAAGAUGUAUUCUUUCCCGGAGAAACUGUACGAGGGGCAGUCGUAAUUCAGUUAGAGGAAUCCUUAGAAGCAAAAGCUGUUGUGUUGAAGUUCCUCGGGAAAGCACACUGGCACAAUGCUGACAAAGAAAGCCUCGCAGCUUCUAAUGUAUGCCUUUUUAACAACGAAAUCACGUUGGUAAGUCCUCAACUACAGAAACGUGAAUCAAAUAUUAUUCUAUAUAGUGGCAAGCAUAGCUUUCCGUUCGAGUUUAUUCUUCCCUCCGAGCUGCCAACAUCCUAUCACUAUGUCCUCGCAGAUGUUUAUCACCUUUGUUACGCCUGGAUAUCGUAUACUAUUGAAGCGGUCAUUGAGAGAAAAUUCUACGAACGAAACGAUACCUACUCGCUAGAAUUCCGCGUGCAAGAAGUACGUAAUCUCAACCUCAUGACAGAUUUGAAUAAAUACAGCGAAGUUUUAAGCGAGAAGAAUGUUCGCUCAUUCUUUGGUUUCAGCUACGGUUUAUCUUGUGUCAAGUUGUCUGUUCCAAAACGAGGCUACUACUUGGGGGAUAUUAUCGAUGCGACUGUAGACAUUGAUCACGCUGCAUACACCAAUCAAACGAAGGAGGUUACACUCGAGCUGGUACGCGAAACCUCGCUUUUAACUUCGAAAGACAAACCAUGCAUGUCAAGAAGUUUAACCAUCAAGAAAAGCUUACUACAAGAAAGUCUACAGGCAAACACAAUGUACAAGUGUUCUGAUUUUCUGUCUGUUCCCAUGGAUCUCACACCGGAUGUGUAUGUUAAAGAUUGUCUGCAGAUUAUAUAUUUUCUUCUACUCACUGUUCGACAGUUGACUGAACGAAACAUUACAUGUCGUCUUCCACUCGUCAUUGCAAAAUGCCAGGAGUUCGAGAUGUAUUAUUUGAAAUAGACUAAACAGUAUAAUCAUGCAUUGUUAUUUCUGCAUGAUGUGAUUUAUCAGAGACAAACAUUAUAUUAGGAACCUGGUGGGGAGGGUGACUUUCACCCACCCCUCCUCAAAAAAGGGAAAAACAAAUUAGAAAUCAUAAAACUGGCCAUUUUGUCACAACAUAGUCAUCGGUAACGGCUCGAUUUUGUACCCGUGGCGUAAUAGUUUAGUAUUUAUUCCUUACUGCAUGUAGCAUGGUUAAGCUCUUAAUAAAGAUAAGCUUGAUAACGUAUUUUGAGAUAUACUAUAUACCGAGCCAAGGAUUCAAAGAUUUCUUAACAAGCUUAACCUUACUAGAAUCCGAGCUCGAAUUCCGAGCUCGAAUCCGAGCUCAAAUCCUUGGCUCGGUACUGAUAGGUAUCCUCACGUAUUUUUAGUGCAGCUGUUAGUUAGGUGACAAAAAUUGUGCGUUUGAUGACACAAAUUGUUCGUUUGAUGACAAAGCAUGAACCCUGACUGAAGAUGCUUUUAUAAGCAUGUUCAAAAACAUCCCUGCAUCUGUUCAAGCAUCGUGUCAUACUUUUGUCAUCAAACGCACAAUUUUGUCAUCUAACAACUCAGUGCACCAAGGAUGCCCCCAAAAAAACCGCGAAACCAUUGAAAUGACGUUUGUUAAAAUGUGAAUGCCCUGGCACUAAGCUGAACGCAAAGAUGCGUAAAAUAUUGACAAGGGUGCAUAACAGGGUGUCCCAAAAAAACCCAAAAGCAUUGAAAUUAACGCAGUGUUUGAAUUUUAAUGUCCUUUGAAUUUGAAUGCAAAGAUGCGUAAAAGGCGAUAAAGAAAUUAAAAUAUCUGUAAAGCACACGAUUGUAAAGUACACGAUUUUCUGCUCUUGGGAAUGUAAAACAGCUUCUUAAAUGCAUAAAGAUGCAUAAAAUUUACUUACGUCAAGCUUUGAUGCACGUGCGGGUUCAGCAGAGUGCUGAGGCAUUCGAAUUCUAUUAGCAAUACGUUAUUUCAAUAGUUUUCGGGUUUUUUGGGACUGCUCUGUACAGGGUGUCCCCAAAAAAGUACCCUCUAUAGAAAUUAUCCUAUGGCUAUUGUUAUAAUUUGAAUGCCUGAGCACUAUGCUGAACAGAAGAGAGUGUGUAAACACAAUUGAAUUUUUAAUUACCAGUCGCAUAAAAUCCUGUGCUUAACAACAAUAGGAUAAAUUUGUAUAGAGGAUACUUACUUUUUUUUGGACACCCUGUGCAAGUGUGUCUCAAAAAAAAGUGAACCCUUUCAAAUUCACAUAUUCAAAUUAGCUAGAACGUAUUGUAGUAAUUUGACAGCUCUAAUUGUUUUGAAUUAAUGGUUGGGUAUAAGAACACAGGGAAUACUGCAUAUACUUCUUUUAAAUUUUCUGAUUUUUACUAUUUCUUUGAGUUUUGUCCCAUGAGUACAAAACCUUGUGUUCUUUCCCAAUCAUUAAUUCAAAGCAAUUAGAGCUGUCAAAUUACUAAAACGUUAUAGCUAAUCUGAAUUUGAAAGGGUUCACUUUUUUUUGAGACACACUGUACAGGGUGUCCCAAAAAACCCGAAUUAUAUUGCAUUUGAUUCAGCCAACAAUACAGUAGACCAAUUUGGCUAACGUUGUUUACAUCGUUGCUUCACAACUUUAGAUAACUCACAUGUCUAGUUACUAUUGUUCUAGUUUACAGAAGCAUUGAAUAGAACAAAGGUAACUAAAGUUAUGUAUAAGAGUUAUUCACUCAUGUACAGGGUGUAUAAAAAAAAGGGACCUUUAGAAAUCAAGCAUAUUGUUAAAAUUUGAAUGCCUUUUCAAUUGCACAUAUGCUGAACCGUGGUGCGUGAAAUGCAUAUAUUAGAAAAAGGAGACCUUUAGAAAUCAACCAUUGUUAUAAUUUGAAUCCUGGAAAACUUUGCUAAGCCCGCGAAUGCGUAAUAUGCGAUCUACGUACAGUAUGUAUGGCAGAUUGUUCCCAGGAGCAGACAAUCUUUUGUUUAAACGUUAUUUCAAUUUCUAAAGGUCUCCUUUUUCUAAUAUAUGCACCCCAUCAAUAUUUCACGCACUAUACGGUUCAGCAUAUGUGCAAUUGAAAAGGCAUUCAAAUUUUAACAAUAUCGUUGAUUUCUAAAGGUCUCCUUUUUUUUUAUACACCCUGCCUGUACAGGUGUCCCAAAAAAAACGAAAACUAUUGAAAUCACCAAUAACAAUUUAAUUGUUAGAAUUUGAAUGCCUUAGCGCUCUGUUGGUUCCCACGAGUGCAUAAAUGAUUGACAUAAGUAAAUUUUAUGCAUAAAGAAACUGUUUUAGAAGCUGUUUUUAAUUCCCAGGUGCAGAAAAUCGCGCACUUUACCAGGAGAUAUUCCUAACUAAAUUCUAAUACAUGCACCUUGUCAAUAUUUUACGCAUCAUUACGUCCAGCUGUUUGGUAGGGCAUUCAAAUUUAACAAUAAGUGAUUUCAAUAGUUUUCGGGGUUUUUUGGGAUACCCUGUAGAUAAUUCUAAAGCUUAGUUACCUUUGUUCUAUUCUCUGCUUCUGUGUACUAGAACAAUGGUAGUUUGGCAUGUGAAUUAUCUAAAGUUGUGAAUUGGGUAUGAACAAACGUUAGCCAGAUUUUUCUAUGUUUUACGAACUUACCAUGUUUGCAACCAUAUUCCCGCCCAACACCCAAUUGCAAUAUUCGUGCCACCGCCAAUUAAACUUUUAAAAUCUAUCCUGUGCAAUAUUGAAUAUAUUAGACAAAAUAAGCUAUGCAUGAAGUCAAGACUUGGAAAAUGUACUUUGUAUGUUUUAAGUUUUUUAUAGCAUUACUGAACUGCGACAAAUGGUGACAUACUGAAGAAGGAACGAAGUGUUUAAUAUCAAUAGAAUGUUCUUCUUAUAUCAAAUACAAUAUAUACAGAUUAUACAAGAUUACUCGUUCCUGUUUAUAUACAUUUCAGUGUGAGUUAAAUCAUCCUAUAAAUAUAGUAUUUAUAUUAUAUAUAGUCUAUAGAAAAUAUGAUUAAUUUAUUACAUAUAAGUUUUCAACUUAUAGAUAGAAAUGUUGCUACAAACAAAAUCCUCGUUUAAAAAUUUUUAACAAACAGAAAAUUAUAAAUUUUAUUUUUUAAUUAAUCUGAACGAUUUUUAUGAAAACUUCAUAACACGCCAUUGACCAAUGUGGUUUAUAACAAUUUCGCUUAAGCAUGGAAAUUAAAAUUUAUGGCGUUUUGAAUAUUUUUUAAAGUCGGAAACAUAAUACGAAAUUUUCUCCUCAAUUUUCAUGCAUCACUUGAAAGUACCUUAAAAAUAAUUAAAGAUGAUGUUCACUCGUGUGCGCAUGUGCGGACUUUGUUUACGUUUUGAAGUGCUAUAUUUGUAAAAUAUGAUAUACUAACUGAAUAUCUAACACUUUUCUGGUUCGCGAUGCUUGUAAAUGAAUAUAAACUCUACGUUUCAAUUAAAAAAAGUUCGAAAAAUGCAAAAUUUGGGCAAUGUUUAUAUCUGGGGGUCCCCCUUUGUUAUGAGCAGAACUGAUGCGCAGAACGGAGUGGACAUCAUCUUUAACAAAUAACAAUGGUUUAUUCACAACUCAUCUUAAUGGACCAUUUGCAUUAUAGACUAAAUUUUGAUCUAGACAAAAAUUUCAUCAUAGCUUGAAAGAGCAUCACAAAAUUAGUAAUAUUCCAAAGUUUCGUUGCGAAAUGUUGUAAAAUGCGGAUAAUAUAGCCUUGCGAAGUUUGCCGUUUUUCAGUCAUUUUGUAUUACGCACGGGAAAUUGACAGCCCAAUCGGGUGUUGGGGCAUCAAUUUCCCGUUCGUAAUACAAAAUGACUGAAAAUUGCAAAUUUCGCAAGGCUAUAUUAUCCGCAUUUUAC